AUGGCGGCGCAGGUGGUGGCAGCGGCGGGCACCGCGGUGGCCAGGCCGCUGGGCGACGGAUCUGGGGCCAACGCCGUGCCCCGUGCCGGGGCGAGGAUGCCAAGGGAGAGGUGGGGCGGCGCUGUGGCGGCGAGGGGACGCCGCGAGUCGCAGGUGGUAUCCGUCAUAAGCCGCGCCCCGCGCCCCGAGGCCGAGGUGCUGCCGGUGUCGCCCGACGACGACGCGGUCGUAAAGGAAGAAGCAAACUUCCAGCACCUUAAGGCUAUCCAGCAGCUUGCAACUGCAGCAAAUGGUGUGUGGUCUAAACCAAAUGUAAGGCGCAAGACAAAGAUUGUGUGUACAAUCGGCCCUUCAACUAACACAAGGGAGAUGAUAUGGAAACUUGCUGAGGCUGGCAUGAAUGUGGCUCGGCUUAAUAUGUCACAUGGAGACCAUCGUCACACCAGAAAGUUAUUGAUCUGGGACCAGAAGUUCAAGUGGAGAUUUGCCUCAACCGAUAUUUCUGGAAAGCGGGCAAGAAUUCACUUUUACAAUCAAAAGGGAGUUGGGACUGAUACAUGUGUUAGCGUUAACUAUGAUGACUUUGUUAAUGAUGUUGAAGUUGGCGACAUGCUCCUUGUAGAUGGAGGAAUGAUGUCAUUCUUGGUCAAAUCAAAAACUGAAGAUUCUGUGAAAUGUGAAGUUAUUGACGGUGGUGAAUUAAAAUCUAGGCGCCAUCUGAAUGUUCGUGGAAAGAGUGCAACCUUGCCAUCAAUAACUGAUGCUCAAGUUGUCCAUGAACUCAAGGAUUAUCUAAGAAGUUGCAAUGCCGACAUACAUGUAAUUGUAAAAAUCGAAAGUGCAGACUCCAUCCCAAACCUACAUUCAAUCAUCACAGCAUCUGAUGGGGCUAUGGUUGCCAGGGGUGACCUUGGAGCUGAACUGCCCAUCGAGGAGGUGCCGCUGUUGCAGGUAGAAAUUAUUAGAAUGUGCAGGAGCAUGGGGAAGGCUGUUAUUGUCGCUACAAAUAUGCUGGAAAGUAUGAUUGUUCAUCCAACUCCAACCCGAGCAGAAGUUUCAGACAUUGCUAUAGCUGUCCGAGAGGGUGCUGAUGCAGUCAUGCUUUCUGGAGAAACUGCACAUGGGAAAUUUCCCUUGAAAGCUGUUAAGGUCAUGCACACUGUUGCCCUGAGAACUGAGGCAACUAUUCCUGGUGGGGAAACACCUGCAGACCUUGGUCAGGCUUUCAAGAACCACAUGAGCGAAAUGUUCGCAUACCAUGCAACAAUGAUGUCAAAUACCCUUCGAACAUCAAUAGUGGUUUUCACCAGGACAGGAUUUAUGGCUAUACUGCUUAGUCACUACCGUCCAUCUGGCACUAUUUUUGCCUUCACAGAUGAGGAGAGAGUUAGGCAACGAUUGGCUUUGUACCAAGGUGUAUGUCCAAUUCAAAUGGAAUUUUCUGAUGAUGCUGAGAAGACGUUUGGCAACGCUUUGUCUUAUUUGCUGAAACAUGGUAUGGUUAAGGACGGUGAGGAGGUUGCACUCGUUCAAAGUGGUAACCAGCCCAUCUGGAGAUCACAAUCAACACACAACAUUCAG